GGCUGGUUCACAGUCAUGCUGCUGAACCUCUGCAAAUGGGCAUGAUGAUUAUUUUAGAGUGAGAGUGGGUUGCGGGGUAUUGUUAUGAACCGAGGAAUGAUUAAGAACUGAUUAUUUGUUUGGUCUUGUCGGGGCGUUCGUAUUACAGAAAAAAACAAGCAUCUGAUGCAUUUGCUCACGUGCCACUUUUGAUUAUGCAUUACAUACUUAUACAAAGGAGGAUCCUUGCAAAAGAUGGAGCUGUAAGUUGCUAGUAGGGGAAAGUGCUGCAAGAAUCCAAUAUUUUCUCAUCUCAUCUCAUCUUGAAGUGAUAUGUAUUUUUCCUUUGGUUAAGUUGAAAGCCUUGCUUGGUGGAGACUCACUGUAGCUCUGAGUGAGUUCGUAUUUUUCUUACAUGGUUAGGUUUUGCAAAGAGCAGCUGUGAAGAGGAAACUGACACUCUACAAGAUGCAGUUUGUUCUUCUCCUUUUGUUGGUGGGGGUGCCAACAAGAUCAGUGCUGGCUGACUCCCUAGAAGAUGAAGCUAAGAAUAACAUCACCAUCUUUACAAGAAUACUAGACCGACUUCUGGAUGGUUAUGAUAAUCGUCUUAGACCUGGAUUAGGAGACAGUAUAACGAAAGUCUUCACUAAUAUCUACGUAACCAGCUUUGGACCUGUUUCAGACACAGACAUGGAGUACACAAUAGAUGUUUUCUUCCGUCAAAAAUGGAAAGAUGAGAGGUUGAAGUUUAAAGGGCCAAUGAACAUCCUUCGACUGAACAACUUAAUGGCUAGCAAAAUCUGGACCCCAGACACAUUCUUUCACAAUGGGAAGAAGUCAGUUGCUCAUAACAUGACAAUGCCAAACAAACUACUACGAAUCCAGGAUGAUGGAACUCUCUUGUAUACCAUGAGGCUUACAGUCCAAGCCGAAUGUCCCAUGCACUUGGAAGACUUUCCUAUGGAUGCUCAUUCAUGCCCGUUGAAAUUUGGCAGCUAUGCUUACACAACUUCAGAAGUGACCUACAUUUGGACUUACAAUGCAUCUGAUUCCGUACAGGUUGCACCGGAUGGCUCUAGAUUGAAUCAGUAUGAUUUGCUAGGCCAAACAGUUGGAAAGGAGACAGUUAAAUCAAGUACAGGUGAAAUACAGUAAUGACAGCUCAUUUUCACUAAGAGAAAAUUGUUAUUUUGUGAUUCAGACUUACCUCCCUGGCAUCAUGACAGUCAUUUUUCCCAAGGUGUCGUUCUGGUGAACAGAGAAUCUGUACCUGCAAGAAAGUCUUUG